UUUAUGUUGGAUAAGUGAGACUACUGUAUUUGCAGGAGGGAUUUCCUACUAUUCAAUUAUUAUAUUUAUUAUUAUUAUUACACUAUGUAACACUAUGGUUUUUGUUCCUGGGUUAUAAAUGCUAUUUCCUAAUUGGUCCUGUCAUAAAAAACAUGGGAAAAGUUUGUUAAACUGCACAAGCUUUGUCUUUGCAGGGGGGACAUCAUCCUGCAGUGCAUUUUUCCCUAGUUUUUCAAUGAAUAUCUUGCAUAGACUCAAUCAAUUCAGCAUAGUUUGUGCUACAAAAGCGAAGAUUCUGGAGUAGAAACACUCCUUUCAGAGUCAAGACCGGACAAUUAAACAGGAACAAACACUUUCAAGCCAGGAACAGAACAUUUUCCAUGAAUAAAGAGGAAUAUAACAGAGGAGUUUCCACCCAAAGUCUCUGGGAUCUCCUUUGGCUCUUUCCCAGUGACGUCAUAGUCGCCGCGCGUGAGGGAGAGUUUGGUCCCACCCCGGCCGCCGUACCCAGACCGGAAGUAGCUGUGAGGUGAUAUUAUCGUCUGGUUUCGGUUUCUUUUUCUUUUCUACGCCGGCCCGUCCACACGCGCCAUGUGUUCCGCUUCGACGACGGUGCUGCUGGGCCUGCUCGACGCCGCCGCCCCGCCGCUGGGCUGCGAGGGAGGGGGCCACAGCAAGAUGGGCGGGGUUCCGGACUGCAUCCCUUCGGUGGCCUUGGCUCCUCCCUGCUGCGGGAUUUGUAGUUCUGCCUUGGUGCACCUUCUUCAGAUCUCCUGUCCUCUGGAAGGCUCUCCGUUCCAGCGCCUCGUCCAUGUAUUCGCUUGCGCCGGGAAAAGCUGCUGGGGGAAGUCAGAGAGCUGGAAAGUGCUACGAUCCCAAUAUUUGGAGGAUAUUGCAGAGCAAGGAUCCAAAGUAAAACAGGAGGAGGAAUGUACAGUCACCACCAGCGAUUGGUGCGACGGGGCCGACGACUGGGGAGAAGACAGUGAAGGAAUGGAAUCAAUUGCAAGACACAGUCCUGGCGCUGUGCCGGAGCCUUUCCACAAAGAGACCGAUUGCGCCAUGCAGUUCCAAGGCCUCAGCCUGAGAGAAAGCCCUGUUCUCCACCACGUGGACCACUCUCGUGAUGAUAAUAGUAAUAACAAUCACAGGGAUGGCCCAGACGUGCCCCGCUGCGUCCCUGCCUUCCGUCCCUAUUACAUCAGCGUCGUGGACGAAGCGGAUUACCUGGGCUACCAGGAUACGGGUCAUGCGCAGAAGCUCUUGCAGGAGUAUCAGCGGAAGGAAGGCCUUGCUUUGGAGCAGCUGGUGUCGGAAAGUUGCGCGUCUGGUGGUUAUGAGGAGAAAUACGAGAAGAGCGCGACAGGGAAGAGAGACCGGGUUUUCCACAGGUUCAUGAAACGGAUUUCUUCCUGCCCGGAACAGCUCUUAAGGUAUUCCUGGAAUGGAGAGCCUUUAUUCCUCACCGCAACAAGCGUCACAGCAGCCGGGGUCCCACCUUGCAGUCUCUGCCAAAGCAGGAGGGUCUUCGAAUUCCAGCUGAUGCCCGCCUUGAUCAGUGCGCUCAAGCCCUUUUCAUCCAGGACAGAUGUGUCAGUGGAAUUUGGAACUGCCUUGGUUUUCACCUGCGAAAAGAGCUGCUGGCCCCCGAAUCAGCCGACUCCUUUGGAAGAAUAUAUUUAUGUGCAAGAAGACCCAGAUCAGCACCUAUUUAAAUAGAAGCAUGAUCACAUAUUGCACAAAUAAAAGUCUGUAUAUACCUGUA